UCUAUGUUCUACAAAUCCUCCCUGCUCCCCUUCAAGCUUCGUGUCCAGAUAUGGGACAAGGCCGUUGUGCCGCGUACCGUCAAAACCACGAAGAAGCCCAUCAAUUCAUCACGAUUCUGCUCACUUUCUCCCCAUUGUCACUUAGUCUCAUCCACACCGGCGCCAGGAUCACUACAGACCUGUCAAGAGGCGCGCAACCGCGGCCUGUACCAACGGACAUUCUCUGGAGUUGCAGAACGUCUCAGUGCUGAAUCGCGUUAUGUUUGGGUCAACUUGGACAUCCUGAGACCUUGUACGGACCGAUUGAUACCGCAACAAUUUUACGCCGGUGCAUCACCUCAUCAAGCGGCUCAAGUUCGCGCGCACGAAGUCCAUUGAGUAUUCCUUUCAUGACGAGGGUCAGGAGAUUACGAAUUUCGUGAAUGUAGAGGAGAUACAUGUCGUUUGCCCCGACGGGCUGCUGGGAUGGCAGAACGACAUGUGUUGUUAUGGCCGGCCAUGCGGCUCCGAGAACAUUUUCUUAUGGAACCGUUUGACCCUGAAGUGAAGUUGCUAAGAAGUGACGAAAAAAUUAUCUGGC